AUAUACACACACACAAACAUAUAUAUUUCUUUUUCUUAUUGAUUCAUAAAAUUUUUCUUAUCGUUUACGUGCACUAGGAAUAUUCGUACUAAACAGGUCGUUCCCUUUAAGGGUCGAUAACAGAGUGUAUAGAAAUCUUACGGUGCGGAACCAGAUGUGCAGAACGUUUCGCGACGUCGCAGAACAUGCUGGAUCGUUCCGCGACGCGGAACGUUCCGUUUCCGUUCGAAAGACCGCAAGAACAUUAAAUUACUGUCUUGUUAUCGUCGCCGAUAUAAUGAGACAACAAUACGAGAUAGAUGAACCAAAGAAAAAAAUAAGACAACGAAGAUCGGAUAACGAAUGUUAUUGCAAAAAACAGGAAAAUACCAAAGAAUCUCAAUAUUUUUAUCCCAGCACAACGAGUCUUAUCGAUCAUAGCUCUGUACAUUCUUCACAAUCUCGAAGAAUUUCAGAAGAAGUUGAAAAUUCAAGGGAAAAAACAAUUGAUCGAAGAUCUACAACUAUUGAUUUUGAUAUCGAAUUGUCGGACAAGCAAAUAUCCAAGACGAAUGACCUCGAGAGCCCAUUGUUUACUCCUGAUACACAAAGUGCAAUCGAAAAUGCAGAAAAAAUACUCGAAGAAGUACAACAUAAAAUAACAGAAGCUACUUGGCUAUAUUCUAAAACUGAAACUAAACGCAGAGUUAAAAAGAAGGAAAGGUAUACCGAUUAUCUGGAACCACCUUUAGAAGAUGAAAAAGAAGAAGUACUAUACAUACGCGAACUUGUGUCCUCAAAACUGAAAGAAAUCGAUCAUGGAGAGACCGAAAGUAACUCGGAAAGAGACGAAAUUUUGACAAAGAAAAUUACGGAAAAACGUGACAAAAGAAUUGCACGAUUGUUGGAACCAAAAUUUCGAAUUGCGAAAAGAUGUUCCAGCGAUAUUCUUUAUCGACAAAGAAAUCGCUAUUGUUGCGUACCUUACGAACAAGUCGAGCUUCAUAAUUCAGAAAAUACGAUCUCGAAGAAAAAUGAAACAACGAAAGAUGAUAGAGUCGAUGAUAAUAAACGUAAGAUAAAAACUUUAACGAUUCAAAAUGGUCCACCAUUAAAUAUCAAAAGAGAAUUGACGAAACAAAAUUUGGGCUACGUCAACAUAUCACCCGACGCAUCUUUCGUUCAUAAUAAUUCUAACGUUAAUAUUUACGAAUUCCGUCAUGAAUCUUGUAUAAAUAAUAAAUCAUUGAAAGAUAAUAAUACGAAUGAACCAAGAAUGAAAGAAACGAUCGAUGAGAUCGAUGAAAGUUCAAAGAAUCGAUCGAUUAAUAAAAAGUUUAGAAUAAGAAAAAAUCAAGACGAAAUUGAGAAAGAUAUAACACGAUAUAAAUCUAUUUCGAAGGACGAAGAUGAUUCUUAUUCUAAAGAUUUGAUAGACGAAAGGAGGAAUGAUCUAUCGUCCGAACGUGAAAUAAAUAAUGGACGGGAAGAGAAUAAAGAUCGAGAGAACGUUUCGAAACAUCUGCCAAGGACAGGUGUCGACUGUUUUCUUUCGAAUGGCGAACCAAAUUCUUCUUCUUCUUAUUCGGAUCGUAUUAAACGUAUACCCUUAAAUAACCGAGAAAUUGUUAUUAAAAGCGUUAAUCCUUAUGCCGAUACAGCUAUGUCAAAAAGAUUUAUAAAGGAAUUUGAGAAAAAGGAUACGAGUAAAUUUCACAAUGAUGAUGGUAAUGACGAGCAUGAUGAUCGGGACGAUGAAGCGGACGAUGAAAAUGUUAGUAAUUAUAGAGAAAGGAUCGGUAGAAAUCCGAGUGAAACUUCUUUAGAUAAUAUCAAAGAAAUCGAAGAAGAUAAUAUUAAGAUAUUAAAAAAAAAUAAAAGGACGGAGCAUGAGAAAACUUUUAAAAUGAUUCAUAAACAUGAUUUACAAAGGCACCAAGAGAAAAAAUUAUAUAACAAGAUCGAGGAACGUUUUGAAAAUAUUUUUCAAAAAUACAGUUUAAAAAAUAAUUCAUCGUAUAAAUCAAAAGAUGAGAGAAGAAAUAUUUCAGAUAACAGUACGCAAGAUUCAGAUAAUAGUAAUUUUAAUGAGAUCGAAUUAAAUCCACCCUCGAUCGAAGAUUUCAAUGAUAUAUUCUUUCUCUACGAUAAAAUGAUCGAAAGUAUUUCUAAGGGUGAAAAGAAAUUAGAAGAAAUGUUAGAAGAAUUUCAAUUGAAAUUAUCUACUCAAUCGCAUAAUACUAAGUUACCUAAUAAUACUGACGUUACACGUUGUAACUUAAUAGCCCUUAAAAGUGAUGAUACGAAAUUAAUGAAAUUAAAUCCUUCGGAACUUGUAUAUAAACAUAAAGAAAGUGAUGAAUCAACGUUAUCCUUAUCAAACGAAGCAAUAAUCGUUAUACCUAAAGAAGAUAAAUUACAAACUAAUCCGUGUAUCACAAAAGAUUAUUCGUCAUUUGCUAAUAAAUUAUGUAAUUUAAGAGAGGAAACUUCGAAGAUUCUUACGUAUUCAUUGGAACAAAAACAAAAUGAUAAAUCGAUUGAUAAAAUUAUUACGUUAGAUAAGUUUAAUUUGUCUUCUAUCGAAUUAAACGUAGAAAAUAUUCCUGACGUAGAAAAUAAAACGUUAGAUAUUUGUUCUAAUAAUGGAAAAGUUACGGCUUGUGUUCCUCUUUCAACAAAUUAUCGUUCUAAUAAUAUUGACGUCCUCGAAGAUUUGCAAAAGAAUGACGAAUCCAAUCGAACAUCAUUUGAUAAUGAGGCAUUACUUCUUCCUAGAACUUCAAAAUGUUUAUUGGAACGUCAAGAUCAAUUUGUCGAUCAUCUAUCUUUGGAGAAGAAGAUCAAUUUCGAACGUUCGAUAGUUAAUAGUUUAUCGAAUGUAGAAUAUAAUCCUUUGAUGUUACAAGAAUUAAUCAAGCAUUUGCAAAUGCUUUCGAAUGCGUACAAUCAUGAUAUUCCUACUAUUUUACAAAAAUUGUUUACUGAUACCAUGAACCGAGAAUCCGAUUUAAUCUUAGACUUUUUAUCUAUACAAAAACAUGAUUACGAAAAUGAAAAAAGUUGUUCAUUGAAAGCGGUUGUGCAAGAGAGCGAAUGCAAAGUACAGGACGACGUUAUCUCUAAUACAAGUUCUCUCAACAAUCCUAUGCAAUAUAAUCAAAAAUCUGUUGAAAUUUAUCCAUUAAAUACCAUGGAGAUCAAAGAUAGCAAAAGUUCGAUCGAUGAAUUAAAACAAAAUGAAGUAUUAGAAAAAAGUACUCAGUAUGAUAUUUCACACGAACAAGACAUUCUCGAAUGUGAAGAUCAAAUUGUUAAAGAUAUUUAUUUUGAUAAAAAAAUUGAAGGACAAGUAUCCGAUAGAAAAUCUGAAGUAGAAGAAUAUCCUUCAAAACAGAAACGAGAAAAUUAUUCAAACAGUACAAAAUUAGAUUUUACUAUAAAUGAUAAUACCGAUAAAAAUGAUAAGAGCUCUGAUAUAAAUAUGAUAGCUUCCAAUCCACACUUGCCUACAAAAGUAAUUGAUAAGUUAUCAGAGGGUGAAGAUUUCAGUAAUACGUCCGAUGCAAAUAUUGAAAAUAUACCUGUUACACAUAUUACUACGACUUCAUCGGAAACGUCUCAUUCUGAAGGAGAAUUAUACUUGCCAAAUUCAUGUUCAUAUUCUCUUGGAGAAGUUAGAGUUAUGAAAAAUUCAGCAGCCAUAUGUAAUCGUGCCCUUGUUAGUAACAGUACAUUGACUUAUUUAUGCGAUACCACGAGUUUAUUGCAUUACAGCUCAGGCGAACAAAUAUUACUAUAGAUAUUUGGAGAUUAUUAUCACCUGAAGAAACGUCCACCUGAUAAUAAGUAAAAAGGAACAUACAAAUGACCACGUAAAUUUCUAAGCUCUGUUAAUUACAAUAUGAAAUGGAAAAGUAAAAAGAGAACUUUAUAUACGAUA